CAGAACUUACAUCUUUCUCCCUUUCCUUCUCUUUUUAUCUUUCUCUCGCUCUCUCUCGCGCCUCCCCAAAGCGACCAGGUGGGGAAUUCACAGAGGAAGAUCUGAUGUACUUGCCAGUGGAUCUCAACUAUACACAAGAUCAUGAUGGCCCUUGAAAUUACAGAAACUAUGCAAAGGAACUGUGAGGCAUCCUUUAAAUGCCUCCAGAGCCAGGGAGUGCCUUACAAUCUGCAGUGUAAUGGGAAUUCUAUAGAUGGCUUUACAGAGCUGAAAGAUGAAAUAAGUACUCACCAUGGCGGGGAUGUUGAACCAGACCGACCAUUGGGUAGUGAGUUUCCUGAGCCACCUAAUGAUUUUUACAACAAAACCACCUACCAACAUGAUUUUGGCACCUGGUCGACUUUCCAUUUUGACCCUCAAAAGGUGCAGCAGUGCCAAAUAAAUGCUUUUGAGAGCCAGCUUUAUCCAUUUCCUGUGGAGAAUCGGUUUCAAUAUGUUCCAUUUAAUAUGGUUGCUCAAGGUCAUCCGUAUGAUUUCCAAUUUCAAGAUUUUCAGUAUUUUGUGGUCAUAGACUUUGAGGCUACCUGUGAGAAGGAUAGAACUCCCAACCCACAAGAGAUAAUCGAGUUUCCAUCUGUUAUUGUGAGUAGUGUAACUGGCCAGCUGGAAGCGUGUUUUCAGACAUAUGUGCGGCCAACAUGCAAUCAGCUCCUGAGUGAUUUCUGCAAGGGUCUUACUGGUAUCCAGCAAAUUCAGGUUGACAGAGGUGUUACUCUAAGUGAGGCUCUCCUUAGGCAUGAUAAAUGGCUUGAGAAGAAGGGGAUUAAGAAUACCAACUUCGCUGUAGUGACAUGGUCGAAUUGGGAUUGUCGGGUUAUGCUGGAAUCUGAGUGUCGAUUCAAGAAGAUUAGAAAGCCCCCUUAUUUUAACCGAUGGAUCAACUUGAAGGUUCCUUUUCAUGAGGUAUUUGGUGGUGUGAGGUGCAAUCUUAAGGAGGCGGUUGAGAUGGCUGGUUUGGUAUGGCAGGGCCGUGCUCACUGUGGCCUGGAUGAUGCCAAAAACACUGCUCGCUUACUUGCACUUCUCAUGCACAAGGGUUUUAAAUUCUCCAUUACGAACUCUCUGAUGUGUCAGACUACUGACCAUUCAUUGAUGUGGAAGCAGUCCCCAGAGCUUCCGUCCUUUUCUCCUCGUCAACCACAGAAACUGAAGGAUAUGCAUGCUCCUGUAUUCCACUUUCACCCUUAUUGUUUCUGUGGGGUGCAGAGCAGCAGAGGGAUGGUCCGGAAACCAGGGCCGAAGCUAGGAAGCAUUUUCUUUGGGUGUGGGAACUGGACUGCUGCUAGAGGAGCCCUCUGCCAUUACUUUGAAUGGGUUUCUCCCUGACUGGGAGUAUGAGAAGAUUUCUCUUAAUCUCUCAUGGUCGUAUCCUAAGUUUUCUAAAAGUACCUUCUGUAAAAAAAAAAAAAAAAAAAAAGAAAAAAAGAAGGGAUAAAAGUAGUGGGUUGUCUCCUAGUGGAAGAAUGUAUGCCUACAGAGUCCAUUUAAGUAGUUGGUUCAAUUGCUUAGUAGUGUGUCUGCUAAAGACCCAAGUAGUCUUCUAAGGAAAGGGAGCUCCAACCUGUAAAGCUGACUUAUUGUUGACUGGAGAACAAUUGGGAAUGUGAGGAAUGGGUAGCUAGGAUGGUGCUUUUACAUGCUCAGGCAUGCUAAGUUUAUCUUAAAUAAUUUGUGAGAUAGGUACACUUAUCUUAAUGCCAUUUCUAAUGGGAAUCAGUAGAUCUGCUUGGCCUGGUUUGCUGCA